AACGUUGAAAGUGGAGUGUGUUGAUCUGUAUAUUUUUAGACAAGUUCUCAGACAUUUGCGUUCGAAUAGUCUUAUUUUUUCCAUAAUUGAUUGGCCGGUGUUUCACCAAGUGGGGGCAGCAUAGGCUAAAAUCGGCCUUAUUAGUAGCAUAUACAAUAUUGCACUAUUUGCCUGGAAGGCCUUCCUCGCUUUAUCUAAUUGUACUUGCAGGUGGAUGUUACCCCUUAGUAAAUAAUCUAGAUGUACUCCUAAAUAUUUAACUGAAACUGAUUUCUUAUUUUCUAUGAUAGCCGUGAUGUUUGACUCAGAAUCAUGGAUGGCAGUGGUAAUUCUAGAGAUGCAGAAGUGGGUGGUCCUCGUACCCCACAACAAGCAGCAUCCACAAAGAAGUUGCAGCAAACGCAAGCAACUGUUAAAGAAGUUGUGGGGAUAAUGAAAGUAAAUGUGGAGAAAGUAUUGGAAAGAGAUCAGAAAUUGUCAGAAUUAGAAACGCGUGCAGAUGUUUUGCAACAAGGUGCAACGCAAUUUGAACAACAAGCAGGAAAAUUGAAAAGGAAAUAUUGGUGGAAAAAUCUGAAAAUGAUGAUCAUCAUUGGCAUUAUCUGUGUGAUUAUUUUAAUUAUCAUCAUUGCAUCGGUUAUGUCUGGCUCAUCGGAUUCCAGUAAUUCUGACUGAUAGUAACAUACCAAAGAGAAUAUGAUACUUGGCUUGCUAAUUCUUGUUUUGCAACAAGAGUUAAGUAUAGCAAAGUAAAUGUUAAACGCACAAAGUUAAAUAUAAUGUGAUUACUAAAUCAUCACAUUCUGCAGUGUUUUUUGGAAGAAUUGUGGUAAAAAUAAUAAAUAUAUUUUUGAGAUAUAAGCUUAUACAAACGCACAACUACUGUAAUAAUGCAGUAUUAAUACGGGUGGCCUUUUAUAAAACUGUGAAUGGACAAUACAUUUCAUAAUGUUAUCUUGUUACAAUACUUAUUGUACAUUUAUUAAUGAUAUAUAAUAUAUAAUACAACGUUUCUACAUUUUUC